AUGCAGAACGAGGAAGGACAGAUCACUGAGCUCUACAUUCCUAGGAAGUGCUCUGCUACAAAUAGAUUGAUCACUGCGAAAGACCAUGCUUCUGUUCAAAUUAACAUUGGGCAUGUGGAUGAGAAUGGUAUUUACAAUGGGCAAUUCUCCACUUUUGCCCUCUGUGGCUUCAUCCGUGCUCAGGGUGAUGCUGAUAGUGCCCUAGAUCGCCUGUGGCAGAAGAAGAAAGUUGAAGUUAAGCAACAAUAG